AUGGAAAAUCAAGAAGAAACAACAUCAGCAAGUGAGACUAAUGCUGUGGUGGUGGAGAAACAGUCAUCGUCAUCGGAUCAAGAAGAACAAACAACAGAUAAUAGUACUAAUAAUAAUAAUAAUAUAGAAAAUUCAACAACAAAAUUUCCAACUGGUAUCAUACAAGAUGGACAGGUAUUUGUUGAUCCCGAAACUGGAUUGGAAUAUUGCUAUCAUGGAGAUCAACAGGCUUGGCUUCCAUUUGUAGAGGAGGCACAAUUUGAAAAUCAACAAUCAAUUUAUCACUUUGAGGAAACUGAUGAGAUGAGAUUUGAACGAUUGGAGAAGGAAAAGGCUUUAAAAUUACGUGAACAAUUGGAAAUGGAAAGAAAGGAAAAGAAGGAAAAGAGAGGAAAUAUAAAAUCAAUGAUGGAUCAAGAAAAUGGGGAACCUUACCAAAAGAAGAGAAAGAAUGAUUUUGCUCCUGGUUGGCAUUCUCAAUUCAAUACAUCGAUUUAUAUUAGUGGACUACCUCUUGAUGAAAAGAAGGUCCAUAAUCAAUUGUUAAUUGAUGAAUUUUCCAAGUGUGGUAUUAUAAAAACUGAUCCAUUUACAGAACAACCAAAAGUCAAGCUGUAUAGAAAUGAUGAUGGAUCUCUGAAGGGUGAUGCAAGAGUUACCUUUUUAAAAGAGGAGAGCAUUGACUUGGCAAUCACUUUAUUUGAUGGUGCUUCAUUGUUUGGAGAUGGUUCAACCAUUACUGUGACAAGAGCAGAAUUUACCAAGCCAGAAAAUUAUGAUGCCAACAUUAGUCUCGAAUACCAUAAUAGAAGAAAGCAAAUUAAGGAGAAGGAAAAUAAGAAACUUCACUGGGGAUUUGCCGAUGAUCCAGAUGUUACCACUGAGACUGCAGAACCAUCUGAUAGAACUGUCAUUUUGAAACACAUGUUUGUUCCAGAUGAUUUCUCUUCAAAUCCACUCUUUGGUGCAGAACUCAAAGAUGAAAUCAAACCAGAAAUGGAAAAAUAUGGAAAGAUUGAAAAAAUCAAACUCUACCCUGAAAAUCCUGAUGGUGUUGUCGAAAUUCGUUUCAAGACACUUCAUGCAGCAAGAACAUGUAUUAGUGAAAAUCAUGGAAGAUUAUUUGAUGGUAUUAAACUGAUUGCCUAUAUUUGGGAUGGAAAAGAAAGGUUUAAUGUGAAAGAAACUAAGGAACAAGAACAAGAACGUCUCGAAAAGUAUACUAAGGAACACAUUGAAGGAAAUAAGAAGGAUUAGAGUACAAUAUUUUCAUUAGAAUGAAGUAAACUAAUAUUUAUAAUU